UGGUUUCACCACUGUUACAAAGUUUCCAACAGCACAUUAAAAUUGAGAGUGUUCAAUAUUAAAAUAAAUAAAAUGUGUAAAUAGUCCUUGUAAUAAUUUAUAUUAACUUUUUCUUAACAAUUAGAAACCGCAAAUUGACCAGUCAAAUUUAAGUUCAAAACGAAACCAGGCCAAUCAUUAUGUAAGUUAGUUUUUUUCAAUAUUUAUGAACAAAUAUAUAAUUAAAUAUUAAAUAUGUGUUUUUGUUGAUGACGAUAAAACGGUGAGCACACAGAGCAGACAUUGAAGAUUGGUAAACGUGGAAGGAACGAACGAAAGCGUCGUAGAAAAAUUGGAACGUCGCGUCGGUCCACGGGGCCAGCGGGCCACGCGGCCACGCAACUCCUUUUGCCGUCGACAGCACGAAGGCCGAAAGUGGCAAAAGUGGCAGAAGUGGCAGAAGUGGCAGAAGUGGCAGAAGUGGUUGGUUGUGCCGCUACACCGUACGACGGACGGGUGAUCUAUCAGUUGUCAGUCGUCGUCGAACCGGCCGUUCCGUACUCGUACGAUGGUGUUGAUGUGUGCGUCGCGGGCGCCGCCCGCUCUGCUGCUUGUGAUGUGGUGCGCCGUGUCUGUGCUGGCCCACGAACGGUACGAAAUAUUCCCGCCGCUGCCCGUCGACGUUAUCCACACGGAGAACAGCGUCUGCAGGGACCAGAGCAGGCUCUACGUCGAGAAUCUCAGGAAUCUCACGUUGUGGGCCUAUGAAAUGCACGAUUCUUCCGCAAAUGCCGUGCACGGCAUUUUGAGGGGAAGCAUCUCCCAGUUCGGGCAGUUCGAAGAGUGCAUCACGUCCAAGGGUCCGUUCCUGAAGCAGUACUGUCUCGCCGCAGUCAGUGCUGACGUUCCCAAACCGAAUCCUCCGAGGGAUCCCAAGUCCCUUGAUUACACUCCCUACGAAUCGGUGCUGAGGAAAGUUCAUGACCACAAAGAUGCGUCCCAGCAGCCGAAAAAUUUUGUUUUGCUUGGGUGGUGCGUUCCAGCAUCUUGUACUCCCACUGACUUGGAGAAUCACCUGAACAAUUAUUAUCAAUCGGUUGACUUUCCUUUGAAACAUCACAACGUUACAUACAAGGCAAAUAUUGGGGACCUGGCUUGUCAGAACAACAAGGAAAAACUAUAUUUCGAUUAUGCCGACAUCUCCUUUUGUUUGGUCACAUCAAUAAUAUUCCUCUUCGUCAUACUAUCAACGGCAUUUGGAUAUUAUUACAGCAGGAAAGAUGGCAAAGUCUCAGAAAACUCACCCCUCACCAAAUUGGGAUUGUCCUUCUGCGUUAACAGGAAUUUCCAAAAGUUAUUUUCAGCUGACGGCUCCAAUCCGGCUCUCAACAUCCUUUAUGGAAUGAGGGUCUUUUGCAUUUGUAUGAUAAUUAUAGACCACAGAUUUGGUACUCAUUUGUCUUCGGCUGUUCUCAAUUUUAACAUCGUUGAAGAGCAAUACAGAACUGCUUUUGGUACCAUCUUUUUCCAUGGCGACCUCUUCGUGGACUCGUUCUUCAUUUUAAGCGGCCUCCUUGUCACCUAUUCUUUGUUGUGCCAGUACGACAAAAAGUUCCUCAAUCCCGGCUUCAUUAUAUUCGUAAGAUACAUCAGAUUGACACCCAUAUACGCGUUCGUUGUCUUUUAUUCAGCAACACUGUUUAAUUAUUCGGCGAUUGGACCCAUGUGGAAGACGAUUAUAGGUCCGGAAGUGGCGGAUUGUAGGAACAACUGGUGGGCAAACCUUCUCUACAUCUCCAACUACGUCAACGCCGACCGAAUGUGUAUGGUUCAUUCGUGGUACUUACCCUGCGACUUCCACUAUUUCAUCGUCGCCAUCCUGAUCUGCAUGACGAUUUACAAAAACAAACGAGUCGGUUUAAUGUUCUUGGGCGUUACCACUUUUGCAUCCCUACUCAUACCUUUCGUCAUUGGAUAUGUGUAUGAAAGGCCGGCUGUUUUGUUUUUCUACCCGGACUUCAUCAGGGCACCAAAGGCACAUCCCGAUUUCCUUCUUACUUACUCCAAGAGUCACGCCAGAGCUUCACCUUACUUUGUAGGAAUGAUCGCUGGCUAUAUUUAUUACAAGAUGAAGGAUUCAACCAAGAAGAAAAUGACCAGGAUGGUUUCGUUGUUCUUCAUCGUGUCAUCACUAACAAUUAUGAUAAUAUCGAUGGUGACGGGCGUCAUUUUCUACGAUCCCUACUACAAGUACAACGCCUUCGAAUCGGCCCUCUACGCCGCCAUUCACAGAGCCGUUUGGGCAAUAGGCAGCGUGGGCGUCCUAUACACCGCCAGCUACGGUUACUCGGGCUUCAUCAGCAAGUUCUUGUCGUGGUCGCCGUGGAUACCCAUCAGCAAAUUGGUGUACGGUGCUUACUUAACCCACAUGCAGUUCCAAAUGAGGUCUUUAGGGAAGAAGGGUGGCGCCGAUGUUGUCUCCUACUUCGACAUUAUAAGCCUCGCUCUUUCGGAUAUCGUCCUUGCUUUCGGCACAUCCUUGGUGUUGUACUUGGCAAUUGAAGCCCCAGUUAGGAAUUUAUUUUCGUUGUUGCUCUCCCCUCCCAACAGGCCCAACAAAUCGAAGAACAACGAGAGUGUUAGCGAGGUGACCUGCGACAGCCACCUGUAACCUGUAACCUAACUACCAUAGCUGUACGUUGUUGUUAUUAUUAUUGAGUGUUUGUAUUGAAUGUAUUGAAUGAUACAUAUUUUUACCAUAGUCUAAUACAUAUUAUGUUGUAGGAGUACUUUCGUUGACCUAUCAAUCUCUUUUAAACUUGUCAAACUACAAGUACAUUUACUUCUUUCCUUUUGUAUGAUAGUAAAUGAAUGUAGAAUAUUAAGAUGUAUAUUUUUAUGUAUAGUUAUUAGAUUAUUGUAAUGUACAUUUGUAACAAAAAAAAUUUCUUUGGCUCUCUAAGCUGGCAUGGCUGUGAUAAUUAGGUCUCUGCCUGAAAUUGUAUUUUUGAUAUUGUCUAGUCAAAUUUCUGUAACAUCUGUUUUAUGUCGAACAUGUCGACACUAUUAAUAUAUGAUAUAAUAAUAAAAAUUAACUACC